AUGUCCGCUAUGAAUGGGAGGGACAUCAUUUUGAUUUCGGAUCCUGAAGAUAAGCCACAGGGGGCUAAUGCAAGCACCGAAAAUGGGCAUCCAACUGGAACUACAAAUACAAGCAGACCAACAACACCAGCAACAACUGAAGUAUAUCCGAGAACUCUGAAAGAAGUGUGUUCCCAAACGCCAUAUUGUCUUUAUGCGGACAUGGGAUUAGAGUUGGACAACACCACCUGCGCUGUUCUCAUCGGCUACUUUGAUUACCGCACCGGAGUUAGCGUAGUGAGAAGGCUAAAUACGCUGCGCAUCAAUCAGCCUAGCAGUGAAGCUAAAACUAAGCCAAUUAUCACGAAACACACUGCUAAUUCUGCAGCUGAUCUCUUGAUAGACUUGCUCAAGACUGCUGCGCUACCGUUGGACAAUCUUAAGGUGUUUUAUUGCAAUCUCCCCGAUCCAGAAGUCAACAGGAUGAUUGUGGCGAAGCUAAAGGAGCUCAACCCACAUUUGGUGUCUGUGGGUGGGCUUGCGUGCAUGGUCGGGGGUGCUUGCCAGAUGGGACUUUUGGAAUACUAUAGCCACGUGGUUGAGCUCAUCAAUGACAUCCACUUCUUUGAGUUACCCGAGUGCUUAGACAACACCAACUACAACGUCAUGCUACCGAUUACAAUCCAAUACACGGAGAUCAUCAUGGUUAUACAAAACAUGUCCUCCAACUGGCUCAAAGUGGAAAAAUAUUUCAAAGAGCUGAGGUUAGACGUUGGUUUAAGUCGGUUGCAGAGGAUUCGUGAUCAAAUGGAAAAACCAAAAGUAAGGUUGGAUUUUAUUUUCCUUGCUCAAGCUUUGGGAACCUUCCGAAGUUUUCAAGAUUUGCAGCAAAACACGGAGCGUGAUAUGGUGUUGGAGCUGCAGAUGACGGCUCUGUUGGUCAAUGUCUGUGCUUCAAGUAUUUUUACACCAACAGCCAGAGAUGAGUUCGUCAGGAAGAGGGAUCUGGAAAUGCUGCAGAGCGAGAAGGAUCUGCUCCCAUUGGCGAGUAUAAAUGUCGGUUUGAGAGCCAGGAGGUCCCUGUCCAUUGUCGUAUUGGGGGAGGAAGAAAGGAGUGACUUCUUACGAAAGGCGCAACGCUUCUAUCAAACAACGCUCAAAAUUUUGGUUGAAAGUCUCCCCGGACAGCUUAGCCCCCUGUCCAUGAGGAAUAUCGGGACUCUGCUGAAGCAUCCAACAAGUCUUAAGUGUCAAGAGGUCUCCCAUGUGCAGUUGGCAGAGUUGGGUUCUCAGUUGGGUGUAUGUGAAAAUAACUCCUCCACCUCUCAGCUGGCAUCUGAAUACGUCAACUACAUCCUGAAGGCCAAGCACUACCGUGGGUUUGAGGCCAGGUCGGCAGGCCUCAGAUGGCUCAAGCUGCUCCUCACGCUUCUGGCUUUUCCACGGUCUCUACAACUGAAGCACAUUUUUCAGUCCACAGGCAGAAACUUUUGCCCCCAAACCCAGGAGCACAGAAAAGGCGUGAAGAGGAGGUAUCGUCAUUCGCACAGACCAGAGAGAGACCAGGACUCCUCCUCUGAUGAAGACCCACCCAGACCCCCUGCACUCAAACUAGCUCCACAGCAGCAAAGGGACUCAGAGGACUCAGACUACACCGACAACUCAUCAGUUCCAAAUGGCACUGCAUCACAAGCUGAGACACCCAUCAGUGAGUCCGUCUAUGUGUUGGAGGAUGAAAAGGGCAAGAGCAAACGCAAACUGCCCAAAGUCAAAACGGCCAACGCAAAGCCCGAACAAAAGCAGCAGGGCGAGCUGGUCCUGAUCAGCCUGGAGGACUCCCUGUGCUGGCCUGCCGUUACAGUGCCCAGUUUAGAGGACAACCAGGAGCCGGACAUGAAGAAGGUGGUGUGGUAUGGACACAGCAUGAUCUCCGAGGUCUGCAUAGAAUAUCUGCGACCAUUUGCUGACUUCUCUAGAUUCUUCUCCCAAAACACCUUUGCUACUGUAGCCACUUACAAAGAUGCUGUGUUCUUGGCUCUGAGGGAGGCGAGUGCCCGUUGUCAGAAGCAGUUUUCAGCCUCGUUUGACAACAAAGAAGAGAUUCUGGUGGAGAUGCUGGACUGGGCUUUUGGAGGGUUCAGACCAAUGGGACCCAAAGGAUUUGCUCCUGCUGUAUUGGAGGGAGGCCAUUCCACUGGUCAGGCAUCAAACCCAUCCAAAGCCAAAAGUGUAACCCCAGAAUACCUGCCCAAGGUGUCUGUGUCUCUGUACAAACUACCAGUGGAGAUGCUCAAGAAAACCAUGGGGGCCGAUUCAGCUGAGAUUAGUGUGAAGAAAAAGACUAAGUCUGUGUGGAAGGGGAAGGGCCCCAAGAAGAAAAGUGCAUUAUUUGGAGACAUGUUCAGAGACACCGACAUGUCUCCUGACUUUGUGCCCUACAAGAAGAGGCCCUACACCAAAGUAGACCAGUCAUCCAAGGACACCUCGCAGAAUGUGUACAAACAACCUGACCAGAAAGAGAGAGAGAGAAUUAUACGCAAAAUUGUGAAGUUUGACUUGGACAUUGACAACUUUUGUGUAUGUUGUGGCACAGAGGAUGUAGUGAUAUUCCACCCUCUGUUCAAAGGCAGUCUGUGCUUUGAGUGUAAGAACAACUUCACAGAAACUUUGUACCGGUACGAUGAGGAUGGAUACCAGUCCUACUGCACCAUUUGCUGCUAUGGGAUGGAGGUCAUUUUGUGUGGCAAUGAUAGCUGCUGCAGGUCCUUCUGUGCAGACUGCCUGAACAUCCUGGUGAGAGAGGGCACCUUUGACAUCCUGAAGGACUUGGACCCUUGGAUCUGCUACAUGUGCCAGCCCCACGAGACCCACGGAGCCCUGACCCCCCGACCUGACUGGAGUGUCCGUGUGCAGGAGCUCUUUGCCAACAACAGUGCCAUGGAAUUUGAGCCUCACCGAGUCUACCCGUCCAUCCCAGCCAGCCUGCGCCGGCCCAUCCGAGUACUGUCCCUGUUUGACGGGAUAGCAACAGGCUACUUGGUGCUCAAAGAUCUGGGCUUCAAAGUGGAGAAAUACGUGGCAUCAGAGGUCUGUGAUGACUCCAUAGCCGUGUCCACUGUGAACCAUGACGGCAAAAUCAUCCAUGUGGGAGAUGCCAGGUUUAUCACUCAGGAACAUCUGGAUCGUUGGGGUCCUUUCGACCUUCUGAUUGGUGGAAGUCCAUGCAAUGACUUGUCCAUUGUCAAUCCACUGAGAAAAGGCUUGUAUGAGGGCACUGGGAGGCUGUUCUUUGAGUAUUACCGAAUCCUGCAGUUACUGAAGCCCAAAGAGGAGGACUCCAGGCCAUUCUUCUGGCUCUUUGAGAACGUGGUCUUCAUGAACAUCCACGAUCGACUCAACAUCUGCAGGUUCCUUGAGUGUAACCCAGUGCUGGUGGAUGCAGUCAAAGUCAGCCCAGCCAACAGAGCGCGUUACUUCUGGGGCAACAUCCCUGGAAUGAGCAGGCCUAUUACAGCCUCUCAGAUGGACAAAGUAAAUCUACAGGAUUGUUUGGAGAUUGGACGAAUUGCAAGGGUGACUAAAGUAAGAACCAUCACCACCAAUCCCAACUCUCUGAAGCAGGGUAAAGAUGUGUCCCUGCUCCCAGUUCUCCAGAACGGCACAGGGGACAUACUGUGGAUAACAGAGAUAGAGAAGAUCUUUGGCUUCCCCAAACAUUACACCGACGUGAGGAACAUGAACCGUCAGCAGAGGCAAAAGGUCCUGGGCAAGGCUUGGAGCGUGCCUGUCAUCCGCCACCUCUUCGCCCCGCUCAAAGACUACUUUGCCUGUGAAGAACUCCCCCCAGGGGCCACAUCUGGUGCUCCUACCUCUAGCUCCUCCCCCUGCUCGCUGUCAGAGCCAGAGAUCCUCCAGCUUAGAUGA